UGUCCAAAGAAGACGUGAACAGAGUGAUUUCAGGAUUUUCUUUCCAAGUUGCGAUUCGGAAAUUAUUUCACAACGCCCGACAACGCUGCACUGAUUGUUUUGGUAAUGAGUUCUCAUACGUCAUCCCUAUUCGUGAAAUGCCGCCAACUGAAACCAAAAAUCGCAGCAUUUUGAAAUCAGUAAAGAAAAUCAGUCCAGCUGAUCAGUUAAAACAGUCUAUUCGGAAUUUCUUGAUAGAAGUUGGCCAGGUAUCUGACGAGGACAUUGAAAAGCUGAUUCAAGAAGUUCCUCAUAAGUGGGAACGUCAUGGAGACUUGAUCGUAAUACCGCAACGAUCACUUAAAGAUGAAUCUUGGAAAUUAUUUGAGAAGGAGGUUUACGAAAGGAUCUGUCAAACUCUUAAAAUCAAUAGAAUAGCAAGGAAAAAUCCUGUAAAUCCCAAUAGUUACAGGAGUUCAAAUGUAGAACUGCUCUGGGGAGACAAUGGAAUCGUGCAACACACAGACAACAAGAUCAAGUACCAAUGGGAUGUAACUAAAUGCAUGUUCAGCAUUGGGAACAUCACAGAAAAAUUACGCAUAGCAAGUUUUGAUUGCUCCAAUGAGGUUGUUGUUGAUUUGUUUGCUGGGAUUGGAUAUUUUGUACUUCCAUAUCUGAUUCAUGCCAAAGCCAAACAUGUACAUGCAUGUGAAAUGAAUCCUGCUUCAAUAGAGGCAUUAAAAGGAAACCUGAAAUCUAAUAAUGUUGAAGAUCGAUGCACCGUUUAUUUUGGAGAUAACAGAACUACUGCACCUACUAAUGUAGCCGAUCGAGUGAAUCUCGGAUUAAUUCCUAGUUCUGAACUGAGUUGGGAGACGGCUUGUCGUGCAUUGAAGGAUGAAACGGGGGGAGUAUUACAUAUUCACGCUAACAUCGAUUCCAAAACCCCUAAAACUGAACAAAGUAUUAAUAAACCGCAAUUCAAGUAUCCAGAAUGGGAAUUAUGGACCAACUAUGCAGUAUCAUCUUUUGAACAAAUGUUAUCAAGAUUGAAGUCACGCAAAUGGAAAGUUACUUUUCUUCAUCUAGAACAUGUGAAGUCGUACGGACCACAUGUUGACCACGUCGUUUUAGACAUUGAGUGUAGACCUAUCGUCAUGUAAAAUGUAACGCUUUGUGUUAAUUUGCCGCGUGUUUUUUUUUUUU